AUGGAAUUGAAACAGGUCCAGUAUGCCCAGAGCAAUCACGCCGAACGUCUCUCACGACUGGAGAAGCGCCAGGCCGACGACGCAGCACUCAAAUCUGUGUGGAACUCGCCGUUCCCCGGUGUCCUGAGCGGCACUCCCCAACAUGGACCUGUCGCGCAGAGCGAAGUCUUUGAUGACCUGGACGAUUCCGGUGACCAACUCCUGGGUUCCUUGCACUUAGGUCCUGCGGAGGAGGAGCCAACGCGACGGGGCGCUGCUUCGAGAGCGAACAGUGUCCGUUUCGACGAGAGUGCACUGCAUGGCUCGAGCUGGGGCGGCCAUCACAGUCGCCACUCGGGCGACUUUGGCCCUACGCGACCUAGCAGUGGGUUGAUGAUGGAGCGAACUCUUUCGCACAAGUCGGAUGGCCGCCAUAGUUCUGCUGGCCAUUCCGUCCACUCACACCACUCGGUCGCAUCAGGGCGCGCGAGCAGCGUAGGACUCGACACCACUUUUGCCGGCGUUGAGGACGAUGACUCUUCUGUCGACAUUCCGGGGCCGCCAGCGUCCUUUUUCGUGCUGGGGACCGUCCCAUCCAUUGUGCGAUGCUGGCUCACAACCAACUACGCGCAUGCCACGCUGCUGUAUGCCGAUAUCUGCACGGGAGCACAGAAGUCGACGGUGGAGUACUCGCUGAUCCGGGAGCUCGACAUCGAGGAUGAGAUGCAACGCGACUCAGAUGGCGCCUACCGCAUCCGCCUCCACGUGUACUUUGCAGAGGCGGUGGUGAUCCAACACAGCAGCCGCUCCACCAGCCCAGAACGCUCCGUCCCUUCGAUGACGGUCUCAUUCGAGGUGGUAGGCGUCGACGGGUCGAGCUCCACUGAUACACAGAUGAUGCGAAUCUUCGUGGGCAGCGAUGCCUUGAGGGCCCAUUCAGCCGAUAUCUUGUUCUCAAAGAAUACCAUGGUCCUGUACGGUGACGACCGCUCGCGUAUCAGAGUCCCCUUUGUCCGCCCGGAAAAUGACACUGUCUUCAAGCACAUUACGACAUCUAGUGUAGUGCCCGGGAAACCAAAGCUGAACGCGAACGCGACGCCCUUUGUCUUUGCAGAGCCAACGCAAGGAAAUGCACAUGGUCCUCGUGAGCAGGGCGCCCGCGUUGACGACAGGGAGAAAGAUCCUGUCUCGCCCACUGAGCAGAAGUAUCGCGAAGGACAGAAUGUGACAGGCCGGGCAAGCGGAUCGGAGAAUGGAGGGAGUAGCGACAAGUCCGCCAAGUUCUGGGACAGCCGCGAGAGGCCUUCCAAACGAGACAGCUCGGUGACCUCGGAGGCUAGCAGGAGGGAGUCGGGGACUGGGAUCUGGGGCUCGUGGCGACACGGGGCGAACGGCGGCUCUGAAUCGGCUCGUGACAGCGGGCCUCUCAGCGGGUACCUGCCGGCGGCUCGAAGCGGGCGUCCUAUGAAAAUCCUCAAGCCGCCCAGACCGUCCUCUUCUGCGCGCACGGGUGCUUCUCACGAGCCGACUUCCAGCUCAGGCAAGGCUGGCGAAGGGCGAGCAAAGGGCCAGGCUGGGACGGGAGCCGAUCCGGGGACUCACAGCAACACUCGCUGGAACGCGAAGCGUACUACGAGCCACGGAUCCGACAGCAAGCCUGCUAACCAGGACCUCAGCCAGGCCUCGCAGCCUGCAAGCUCGCGCGACGAGCGUGCUGAGAAGAACGGCCCAGCGCUGCCUCGCUCUGCCAACCCCGUCGGCGGCGCCUCGGCGUUCUCAUGGAUGGCACCUCCGGGUAAACCAAAGACCCCAACCACAGCUCCGUAG